CUGAACCCAACGCCCCAUACCAAGAUGUCCGAGACGACACGGUCCGUCAUGGACGCGGCUCCCGGCGACACCGUGCCAACAGCCACCGGUCACGGUCUGCAUGGCAUCCCCGUGCUCAUCACGCCUUUCCACCAGCCGGGCGGCGCCGCCGCGUCGACAGAGACGAUGCGCACGGCGUUCCAGGGCUUCCUCGUCCUCCAGGGGCAGGGGGAGGCCAAGGAGGACGAGCGGAAGAAGUGGUUCAGGGAGAUGCGCGGGUGGCUGAUGGUGCUGGCGACCGUGGCGGCGUCGGUGACCUACCAGGCCGGCCUGAACCCGCCCGGCGGGUUCUGGCAGGACACCAAGGAGGGCCCCGGCGGGCACCGCCCCGGCAACCCGGUGCUGCGCGACGAGCACUGGGUUCGGUACGUCAUCUUCUACUACUUCAACGCGACGGCGUUCGUGACGUCGCUGGUGAUCAUGGUGCUGCUCAUGAGCGAGCGGUUCUACCACGGGGAGGCCAAGGUGGUGGCGCUCAUGCUCACCACCUUCGUCGACCUCGCCAGCCUCGUCGGCGCCUACACCGCCGGCACCACGCGCUACGCCACCUCCUGCGUCUACAUCGUCGUCAUCACCUGCGUCUCCUUCAUCUGCGUCGUCUACAUCGGAGAGGCGAUGGGGGAGAUAUGCGCCUUCGUCCUGAAGAAGAUAAAGUGCAUGCGUAAUCUGGCGAAGCGGAAGUGGUUCCCGGUGCCGGCGGGUGUGGUGACGAGAUCGCUGCCGGAGGAGGAGGCUGAGGAACGCAGGAAGAGAGCGGCGACGAGCAACCGCCCCACUUGCUGCCUGUGCUGUGGCUGUGGGCAGUCACCGGCGACGUCUGGUAGGCGCGACGUGGAGGGGUAGUGAUCCGGUCGACUAACCUGUAUGCCAUGCACGUAUCAUCUCUAGCUUCUUCGUGUUGUCAGACUGUUCAUUUGUCUUUGGUUUUGUUGCUGGUUUAGUUGUUUCGUUGCCAAGAUCUGUGCGUCUCGGUGAACUUGUCGGUCUCUAUAAAGGAGCGACUAUAUUUAAGUGGCCUGAUUUUUAAUUAAGUCUAUUUUUCACUGUAUAUUACUAGUAGUUUCUUCUCUAUAUACAAAUGAAAUGUGCAA